AUGGAUCCAUUCAGAAAGUUACCUCAGGACCUUCGCUUCAACCUCCUCGUCUCACUAGACAGCCUUGCAGAAGUUGUGGUGGUUGCCCAGGCAUCCCGAGCUCUUCUCGAGCAGCUUCGGGAGUCCAGGGCGUCAAUCGUACGCCGACACGUCCUCAGAGAUGGCGAUCUCAAAGGAGACGUCUUACAAGAUGCCUUGGCCAUUCUCAAAUUCCCAAGGCCAGAUGCUACAGCGACCACUGUCGAUGCACAGCAAAGAGUGGCUGCCAUCGAGGGCCACCUUCGCAAAUGGGGCGCCAAAGCAUUUUCGGAUCCCUUUCAUCCAGAUACCCGCGACACUCCUACAAUGCUCGACCUGCAUACCUUGUGUCGCAAGAUGUGGCUCUACAUUUGA